AUGCUUGCGCAUAAACUCAAGCUUUUGGUAUUAGUUUCUUUGCUCAGCUUCGAGGUUGGAGCUAUUGAUGCGCGUUCGAGAGUUGAUUGCUUUCCCGACCCUGGAGCAUCACAACAAGCAUGUUUAGCUAGAAACUGUGUAUGGGAACCUGCAGCAAACAGUGAUCCCACUGAAACUCCUUGGUGCUACUUCCCAACAGAAACUGGAUACCGUUUGAACGGAAACAAACUAUAUCCAGUUACCACCAAUCCAUUUGGGGAUAAUCUCGGACCUUUGGAUUUCACAAGUACUCGUUAUGGAGCUACUUUAUCCGUGUCUAUAGGACAGAAUGGAAGAUAUGUUCCUCCAAUAGGAAUACCAAGAGGACCAUCUUCCGCAUCUGAUACUUUCACUCUUCAAAAGGACACUAUUCCUAAUUCCAGUAUUUUCUAUUUCAAGAUUAUUCGCAGUUCUACAAAAGAUGUAAUCUUUGAUACAUCGAUAGGUGGAAUGUUGUUCGCUGAUAAAUUCAUUCAAAUAGCUACGAAAUUACAAACCGAUCAACUUUUUGGUUUUGGAGAUCACAUUCACCAUCAGUUAAAGCAUGAUUUUUCGAGAUAUACAACCUGGCCCAUGUUCGCGAGAGAUAUUGCUCCGGACUCGGAAAGUAAACUAAGUACCCAGAAUUUAUAUGGUGUCCAACCAUUCUACAUUGCUGUGGAGACCAGUGGAUCUGCUCAUGGAGUUCUUCUCCUUAAUAGUAAUGCUCAAGAAGUUACUACAGGCCCAGGACCACAUCUUAUUUAUCGCACUAUUGGAGGCCAACUUGAAUUAGUGUUUUUCCCUGGACCCACUCCAGAAAAAGUAGUUCAACAAUACUUAGCAUUCAUAGGAACACCUUUCUUACCAGCAUAUUGGGCUCUUGGUUUCCAGUUGUGCCGUUGGGGAUAUAAAGAUUUAAAUGAAAUGAAAGCUGUAGUUGCUAGAACACAAGCUGCUGGCAUUCCUCUCGAUAUCCCGUAUGCUGACAUAGAUUACAUGAGUCAUGAUAUGGAUUUCACGGAAGGAGAUGAUUGGAGUGGUUUCCCCGCUUAUGCUGCUCAAUUGCAUCAGGAAGGAUUGCACUUAAUUCUUAUUUUCGAUCCUGCUAUUGAAGUCGAUUAUGGAUCAUUCCAAAGAGCUAGAGAUCAAAAUGCCUCUUUCAUUGAAUGGAAUACUCUCAGCGAAGUUCCCCGGAACGUCGAGGAUCUUUAUCCAUUAGCGAACAACUCUUUGAUCAUGUUAGGAAAUGUCUGGCCCGAGAGAAACACAGCUUUCCCUGAUUUCCUCGACCCUACCAAUAAUACACAGAACUGGUGGAUUUCGGAAUUCGUCAAGUUCCAUGACAACUUGCCUUUUGAUGGUAUUUGGAUUGAUAUGAACGAGCCAUCGAACUUUGACACUGAUACCUACUCAUCAGUAGGAAAGAACCGAGCAACAGCUCAUCUCGCUUGCCCAAUCAGUGGAACUGAUUCACAGUUUGAUAACCCACCGUACAAAACAAAAGCGGUAUUCCUGCACGAUGGUGAGCAGCUCUGCUCUAAAACUCUUUGUAUGUUAGGAAGAACAGCAAGAAGAAGUGCACGAUUCUACGAUACGAAAAAUUUGUAUGGAUGGUCGGAAGCCAGAUCAACAGCUUUGGCAUUGAAGGCAGCAACAGGAAAAAGAGGAGCUGUUAUUUCCAGAUCUACAUUCGUAUCAUCGGGGAGAUAUGGUGGACAUUGGCUGGGAGACAAUACCGCUCGUUGGUCUGAUCUUCAAACAUCUGUUAUUGGAGUGAUGGAGUUCAAUUUCUUCGGAAUCCCCUAUGUUGGUUCUGAUAUUUGUGGAUUCAUCGGUACUACGACUGAAGAGCUCUGUCUUCGUUGGCAGCAAAUGGGAGCUUUCCAUCCAUUCUCUAGAAAUCAUAACACACAAGGUGCUCCAGCUCAAGACCCAGCUGUGUGGCCAUCAGUUGCUAAAGCCGCAAGAAUUGCCUUGUUAUUCCGUUAUCAGUACUUACCCUAUUUAUACAGUUUGAUGUUCUAUGCCUCUUCCAAGGGAGCCACGGUCAUCCGUCCUUUAUUCUUUGAAUUUCCUACGGACACUUACACUAUGGAAGUUGAUCACCAAUUCUUGUGGGGAAGUGGUCUUAUGAUUGCACCUUGUGUAGAAGAGGGCGCUAAAUCUGUCCGUGUCUAUUUCCCAUCAGACACAUGGUAUUCAUUAGUUCCUGAAUCAUACGGGCAAGAACAAAGUGUUGGGUUAGGAUUCUUCCCAGCUCCUUGGGACAGUUUAACUCCAGUGUUUGCUCGAGGUGGAAAUAUUCUGCCUAGACAAGCUCCAAACACGACAACUACAUUAACAAGGAAAAAUCCACUCGAGAUUUUGAUCGCAACUCGCAGAGGAAAGCCUUCAGCAACUGGAACCUUAUUCUGGGAUAAUGGAGACGAUGCUGUGCAAGCCAACGGCUUGGUUCCUCAUUAUGAAAUAAACUUCUCCUACUACUCUACCAGUACAGCCGUCCAGUUGGAGGUUAACUGUAUACAGACCGCGGAGAGUGUCGCUAUUCCAUCUUUGGCAGUGAUUGAAAUAUUAGGUUAUGACUUUACACCAGACUUCAAUAGUUUCAAGGCUAAUGGAAAAACAGUUUUAAUUGACCAGAGCACUUCUUCGUAUAACAAAUCAAAGAGAGUGCUAUAUGUGAAAGCGAGCAAUAUCUUGACAAACAUGAAGAGCUCAACAACAAUCAGCUGGAAUCAUUCUGUGUAA